AGAAUAUCCUUGAUAAUAACUCUUUGCAAAAACACCUUCAUCACGUGUCGUAAUUUCAAAUAUUUCGCGGGUGUUGCUGUUUAUGUUCGUAGUGUCUGCUAGAUAUUGACAGUUUUGAAUAUGGCUACAUGGAAUCCCAAUGUACCACAGACCUCUCAACAAGAAUUGGAGGGAAUAAAAGUAUUACUUGAAUCAAAGCUCUCAGAUAUACAAACAGAGCUCCAGCAACUUCGUGACACUGAAGACAAUAAUCGACUUGGCCGGCUGCCAAGUGAAAAUUUAAAGCAGACUAAGAAGCUUUUGAUUCAGUAUUUGAUAGAGAGACUAACACCUCAAUCUCCAGAUUUUUUCAGAUCUGGAGAACUCAUGUUUAAAGCAGUACUUGAAAAAUUGGAAAUCCAACUAAAACAAACUACCAGGAUGAUUGACAGUGAGAAGAGAGCAUUGAAUAAAUUAAAUAAAAAACUACAAAGUUUGCAGGCACAAUCUGAAUCAUUCGACAGCAUCACGACUACAAGGCAUGAAUCAGGUGAAAUGAGACAGGCAGAGAAUCUUGAUAAAAUUGAAAAACAUCUGAACUCAGAGUUACAGAAACACAGGAAGGCACUGAAGUACGUGGUUGACAUAAACUAUCCUGGGGAUCAGGACAUGCGACGAAUAAUAACGAACUUGAUGCAGUUGUACAUUGAUAACCCAAGCGAAUAUAUUGAAUUAUCAGAGGAAGACCAUGGCAGAAUUUCAAGAUUUUUUCAAAUUGGAAUGAUUACUCGACAUCCAUAUGAUCCAAUGAAAGUGAGAUUGUCUUAUUGACAGUAAUUCACUUGCAAGUGACAAACACUGAUAAGGUUUACAGGUAUAAGAAAAUUUCGACCUGCUGUUUCCAAAAUAGGUCUUACACAUCACAUCCGUGUUGUGUGAAAGACAGUUUACUGUGUCCCUCUCAGAAAAGAAGUGAGGUUUCCUCAUAAACAUAAUUAGUGAUCACUUUUUUGAAAAGACAAGCUGAUUACUGUGCAUCUGUACUUGGAUUGUAGCUGCUUCCGUUUUCUUUCAGGAUGUAAUAAGAGUAUAAUGUCAAUGUAUUAAUGAAUGCCCUAUGGACACGAGAUAUCUUGUGUUUUAAUAGAGGCCAAAUCACAGUGGUUCAAACAAUAGUUGAUUUCAUCUUUGAUUUUUGUGAAAUUGGGAAUGUUAGUAUUACUUUGUGCAAGCCUACCACAAAGGCCAACAGUUCUGUAAGAAUUACAAUGCGAAAUGCACUGGUCAUGUCACCUGUAUAGUAUUAACUUUUGCAGUUGUUCAUAUUAGUAAGUUAUAUUACUGAGUGUGAUCAAAUGCAAGAUGAUGAAACAUAACUCAUCUGUAACUUAAUAUAUUACCAUUUAUGUAAUUUCUUUAGUUGGCGGUAUGAAAGUCCAACAACUUUCAUGUAAAAACAUUGCUUUGUGUUCCUAUAUGGUAUAGUUCACCCUGUACUUACAUAGUUAAGUUGCAUUUAUUUUUGUACCUGUUGUGCUGUUAAAAAUGCUUUCCUCUAUCUGAAGGCUUAUAUGACCACUAAAGUGCUUCACUAAGUAUGGUUGUAUUAGUGGUAACCUUCCUCCAGCCUUUGAAUUGACUUAAUCUGUCAGUUGUUGGCAGAUAUACAAUUUAAUGUAAAUUUCAAACCAGAGUGCAACUGUGCAUUUGUCACAUUAACAGAGGUAAAAGAACGAAGCAGUAACUGAAAAAAAAUCCAGGAACUGAGUAUUUAACUGUGAAACUUUUAGACCUUUCUCUCACUGAACCACAGACAACCAUACAAGAAGAAUAUUACUGUAAAAUUAAUGUCGAAAAAUUGUUAGAGAGAGCAAUUUAUUCCAGUUCUUCAUAACAUUUUGUGUACUGCUGAUGGUUUGUAAUAAUCCACAUGCACUUCAGUAAUUCAUAGUUAAUGUAGGUGUUCUGUAGACAUAACAGAAUCUCUCUUCUUUUUAAUUUAUUCUUUGAGUACCUUUAAUGGAGUAAAUUUUCCCAAUUUUUUCAGUUUCAGUAUCUUUACUACAGGACUAAAUGCAGUUACGUGAACCUUUAGACACAUCUGCACCUGUGCAUAUGUGCCUUCCAUAAUUUUCAGUGGCUUUGAACAGUUUACAAGCUGUAACUCAUAGUUACCCAUGGCACUGUGUGGUAUGGGUAUUGUGUGUUAUGUCCUAAACAAUUGUGGGAAAUAUUUCAAACUGAAUAGUUUUUAAAAUUAAAUAAUGUUUGAUUUUUUAUUGGAAUUGUAAAUAGAGUAUUACAUACUUGAUUUUUAGUUUACUUUUUAAACAUUAAAAUAUAUUUAAAAAGACAGAUGGAAAACUAGAAAGUAGGAAUAAAGUGUAAUUAAAAAGUCA